UCGUAGGUCUCGGCAGAAGAGAUGAACGUGGAGUUUUCUAUUGGAAUGACGGCACCCCUAUGUCUUACACAGAUUGGUACAAUCCUCUACAAGGAACGGAAGGUGACAGGCAGCCUAAUGGAGGUUCACUUGAAGCAUGCACAAUGCUAGUCUUCGAUUCAGCCACUUCGACAGAUCGGUCGACCAAUCUGUGGCAUGACGUAGCGUGUGCAUCUCCUGAAACAAAGCAGUUCAUAUGUGAAACAGCAGCAUCCGGAGCACUUGAUCUAUCAGGGGAAUUACUAAUAACCUUACCGUCAGGAGACUCUGUCAGCAACUGCGGGACUGGACUUUUCCGAUGUUCUGCGGGUGAAUGCAUCAGUAAGGCCGUUGUUUGCGAUGGAGUAACGGACUGUUUAUACGGGAGCGAUGAAGAUAGUUGUCAAGAAGUUUGUAAUUCUGAUCAGUUUCGAUGCAGUGACGGGUCAUGCAUAUCAAUAUCCUUCUAUUGCGAUUCCAUCCCGCAUUGCCAGGAUAACUCUGAUGAAAUUGAAUGUGCCUUACCGCCUUGUACUGAAGAUGAGUUUGCAUGUAACAAUGGUCAGUGCAUCCCAGCCAGUAAAAGAUGUGAUUUCAUCCGCCAUUGUCACGAUUCAUCAGAUGAAGAUGGCUGUGUGUUGGAGCUUUCUCCUUCUGCCUUCCAGUGCUACGACGGUUCGCUUUUUCCAAGGCAGGUUCAUUGUGAUGGUGUGAUCGACUGCAUAGGAAAUACAAACGAGGACGAAUCUGAGUGUGCUUAUAGCACUCUGGGUGAUGCCUGCGAUUCGGCUACAUAUAUCACCUGCAAUAACGGAGCAUGCGCGUCACACACAACACGGUGUCUUCAUGAACUAGAUGAAUAUGGCUUCUUCACCGGAUGUCGUGACGUCACACAUUUACGAGCCUGUGGUAAUUUUGAGUGUCCAGAGACAUAUCUGAAGUGCCCCUCUUCUUACUGCAUCCCCCUCCGAUAUCGAUGCGACGGGAAAAUGGACUGCCCCUCCGGAGAAGAUGAAGCCUUUUGCGAUGAGUAUGAAUGCCCGGAUGGAUCAUACCGAUGUCAUAGGCAACACUAUUGUAUCAGUCUUGAUCACGUGUGCGAUGACAUCAUACACUGUACUGAACAGGACGAUGAGGAAUUCUGUGAUCAAUGCCCCCAAGGCUGUGAGUGUGAUGCACUAUCCUACUCCUGCCAUCCGGACCAGAUCGAUUUUAGGCUCCUUCCCCGCCAGCUCAGAAAAUUAUCUGUAAUCUGUGACGAGCUAGAUGGCCCGUGCGAUUCAUCCUUAAGUAUUGUGACGAAUGAUGACGUCACAGAAGGGACUAGUUAUCAACUCAUGCCCCUGUUGAUGCCAUAUUUGAUUUCUUUGAAUCUGGCGAGGAACCGUAUUCGCAGUCUUUUUCGAGGUACUUUUGAUGGUCUCCAUCGUAUGAAAACGCUAGCCAAGAGAAUCAACCACUAUACACCGAUUCGGUUUGGGGGUUUUAUGUACCUGUCCGCCGGUGGCGGCGCUAUAACUGGGGGCUUCUCCGAUCCAGCUAACAGUACAGAGAGCUCGAGAGCGGUUACUAGCUAG